AUGUUCGGCGAGCUUUUGCGACUAUUAAAUAAUGCUGAGUUUUUGAACAACGACCUUGUUAAAAGGGGCUUGAAUCGCUUAUUUCCCUUCCGGAGGAGUUUUGAAUUCAAUUUGACUCAUGCUCUUCUUUUUUCGGUCUGUGUUCUUUUGCACAGCUUCAGGUACAUUUACUUAUUCUCAUUUUAA